GGAGAGAUUCUGACCAAUCGGAGUUUGAGAUGUCACACUUCCCUUUACGUCCGUCACCUCUCCCUUGUACGGAUGCACUCGGCUAGCACGGCUGUCUGUGUUACCCCCGCACAUUUAUACCUUCAGGCUUUUUAUGAGCACUGGCACGUAAAAGACAUUUACCAUGGCUUCUCGAGAAGGUCCGAGAGCAGCAGGUACAGACGGCAGUGACUUUCAGCACCGGGAGCGCGUCGCUUCACACUACCAGAUGAGUGUCGCCUUGAAGUCUGAGAUCCGCAAACUCAACAUUGUCCAUCUUCUCAUCUGGAUCCUGAUGGCAGCUCAGGUAACGGUGAGCCAGCUGAACCUGGUGUCCCACAAGGUGGUGGCCUCCCCUUACCAGUGGGAGUACCCUUACCUCCUGAGCAUAAUUCCCACAGUCUUCAGCUUCUCGGCGUUGCCUCGCAACAACAUCAGCUACCUGGUAAUCUCCAUGAUCGGAGCCGGGCUCUUCUGCGUGGCCCCGCUUAUCUACGGCAGCAUGGAGAUGUUCCCCGUGGCGCAGCAGCUCUAUCGUCACGGCAAAGCUUACCGCUUUAUCUUCGGCUUCUCGGCCGUUUCCGUCAUGUACCUGGCCGUCGUCAUCGCCGUCCAGGUGCACGGCUGGCAGAUCUACUACAGCAAGAAGUUGCUGGACCAGUGGUUCGCCACCACGCAGGACAAGAAGAAGAAAUGAUGAAAAGCACGUGCGGCACUGAGAUCUGGGCAAAGAGGAUCGCAGAGCCCCGGAGCUUUUUGGAGACCGGGAGAAAAGACUCCCGAAAAUAAUGUCAUCUGUCAACUUUUUCUACAUUUAUAUUUGACAGCUGUUUGUUUGCUGAAAAUUAGUCUACGAACAGCCGGCGUCUGGCAUUUCGUUGACAUAAACUGUAAAUGUUUUCCGUGUGUCUGUACAACAUUAUUGUAGGUACUGAUGGUGUAAACACGGGGAUAACUGGACGACACUGUAUUAACGUGUAAGUUGAUGUUUGGAAACAAAUUAAAAUAAAUACAUUUGAACGUCG